GUCUCAGAUCUGGUUAUCUCCACCACCACCGCCGCCGCUGAACUCUGGCGGGUUAUUCAUGCUCUCUUUCAUGACAACAAACAUGCUCGGGCGAUGCAACUCGAGCACCAGUUUCGAACCACCAUCAAGGGUUCGAUGACCAUGGCCACUUACUGUCAAACUUUGCGAAACAUUGCCGAUUGGUUGGAUGAUAUUGACGCCCCGGUCUCUGAGUCUCAACUUGUGCUUCAAAUGCUUCGUGGGCUACCCGACGAUCUCCAGGCUCAGACAUCGUUCUUGCAAUUCCAACAACUGCUGCCCAUGUUCCUUCAGACCUGAUCCGCUCUCCUGCUCCUUGAACGACAACGACAAACCAUCAUGGACGACGCUGGCACGGCGCUCAUGGCUGGCCGAACCGGCAGCUCACCAUACGGCGGCAGUUUCGGGCGCAACGGUGGGACGCCCGGUAGUGGGCACAACGGCGGCAUCGGUGGCGGUCGCGGGCAGCAGAGGCGCAACUCUGGUCGUGAUGGGGGCGGCCGUGGACGUGGACGAGGAAGAAACUCUGACACAGUUCGCUCACGACAUCCUUGAGCGUGCCGGUAUGAUUACGUGUCGUCCCAUCUCCACUCCUGUCGACACAAAGGCUAAACUAUCUGGCACAUCGGGUCCCCUGGUAGCCGACCCUGCCCUCUAUUGCUCCAUCGUUGGAGCCCUCCAGUAUCUCACAUUUACUAGGCCAGACAUCUCCUACCCUGUUCAGCAGCUCUGUCUCCACCUUCACGCCCCUCGAGAUGUCCACGUCACAGCUAUGAAGCGGAGGAGUAGGCGGGAAGUGGCGGCGGCCGUGGAGGCGUUGGCGAUGGCCAACUGCCUCAUUCUUCUCGAAUCCCGCUCUGAGGCUGCCCGGAGGGUGAAUUCAACCUCAGAGUGGGAUUUCCAGUGCAAGACAUGCAAAAAGCGGUUCCAGUCAUUUCAGGCCCUGGGUGGCCACAUGUCCAGCCACAAGAGACCGAAGACUAGCCCCGCUGUCGUCCGAAAGGACGACGGCGGGCCCGAGGAGAGGAAACGUCACGAGUGUCCCGUUUGCGGCUUGGUGUACGGAUUGGGCCAGGCGCUCGGAGGUCACAUGAGAAAACAUCGCGCAGAGGAACGUAUCCGUGCGACAGAAGGUAAGAAGCUUGAAAAUGGUGAAGAUGAGUACCAGAAAACAGACAAAAUAAAUUGGAACGAGAGAGAUGAUAUGGACAAGAUUAGAGGUGUGGGUUUGUUCGAUUUGAAUUUGCUACCUAAUGAUGAUGAUGAUGAUGAUUCAAUAGAAGAUGAGAGAGUUGACGAUACAAGGGGCCUCGCGGAUUUUCCAAAGACGACCUUGGAUUUGCUCAUUUAAUUUAAUAUAUGGCCCCUUUCUUGAUUAAUUAGUUCAUUUAGUUGUAAAUUCUUUGCAUCUUAAUUCAUUAAGAAGCAAUUAAUUCCACCAUUUCAUUUAACAAGCUUAAGAAAAAAUAUACUAUUAU